CAAAUUGAGUUUAGCUAAACAAAUCAAAAUGAAACUGAGGAAUUGUUUCAGUUUAGUUGGGUUGUUUCAUCUGAAGGCCAUUCUAAUGGCGUCGUCGUUGGUGACGUUAACGUUGACACAGGAUGACGACGGGGCUGUUCCGCCGUCUGGUCCAUACUUAUUGGCUCUCAACGAACCAGCGGAUGAUCGCAGCAAUAGUCUCGUCCGCCAACAGAACCGACUUGUUCAUCCGACUUUUGUGGCGACAGCCUCGAGCGUCGUUCGUCCCAACACGGUGUAUCGGGUCAACGUCGUCGUCUUGCCCGGCUCGCCUGAUCUCAUCUUGAAAGCGAUGAUCACUAAAGGGCGUGGCUAUCAAAUUGCAUCUGCCACUGAAGUCGGCGACCCUGGAUCCAGUCACGAUCUCUUGUUAAAGAUUCCUGCUGCGAUUACUGAUGGCGAUUAUCGUCUUAAACUGGAGGGUUACGAUCCUCAGCAUCCACAGAAAGCUGUUUUCUUCAGAGAGGGUCAACUCACCUUCCGUCCAGAUUUCCUUUCCAUCGUGGUCCAAUCCAACCGCAAAAUGUUCCGCAACGGAAUGAACGUUCGAUUUCGGGUCAUCCUAACGCAAAUGAAUUUGAAACCUUACUCGGAUCCCAUUACCGUCUUCAUGCUGAAUCCACAGGGAUUUGUUAUGCGUCGCUGGCCGUCGCGUAACCCGACCAACGGUGUGGUGACGUUGGCUUAUGAAUUACCAUCUUACCCACCGAUGGGCAACUGGACAAUCCGCGUUGAGGCCAUGUCGCAAGUGUACGAGCACAAGGUCGUCGUGGAACGCUAUUACAUCCCCUUUUUCGAAGUGAUUCCAUUCGCACCGGCCUACGUCCUCGACUCUGACGAUAGUUACACGGCCGGUGUGACCAUUUCAUUUCACAGGGCUCGUGUUGCUAGUGGCAACACGACCGUCCAGGUUCACGCCAGGCUGGUGAACAGCACCAUCCGCGACUACCGGCUCGUCACCGAAGAACAUCCUCCGUGGUCGCAUGAAUUUUCCUAUCAAGUUGAUUUGGAUAGCGUCAGGAGUACGGUGGGUUCCAGGAGCCUGGCCGGCUGGGUGAUCCGCGUCACUACGGCUGUUCACAAUUACUUUAUGGGCGAAACGCGUCGGGCGUUCAUCGAGACGCGCAUCAUCCGCUCCCAACUGAAAUUUCGUUUCGCCGGGACGAAAACGGCCGUUUUCAAACCGGGAAUGCCUUUCGAGGGACACGUUUACGUCAUGUACGACGACGACCAGGCCCUGUCUGCCGAGAAGCUGGCCAAGGCUAGUAUCGUCCUCAGGCCGUCCAUCACGAACGCUAAUGGACAGUUGAAGAAUCUGCCCGAAAUUUUUGUUCCAGCUGCGGAUGAACAUUUGGACGAAGGCCGGAAGAAGAAGCUGGGCAAUGAAUUCACGCACUGGAUGGAUCGACAAGCUGAAGAAGCUGAAUUCAUGCAGUUUCGUCGAACUGGCGUCUAUCAUUAUCGCUUUACGGUGCCGAGAGAUGCGAAGACGUUGCGGGUGACGGCCACCUACAAGGACGCAGAAGGUGAUAAGGCCAGUGUAGAAAUGCGGGCCGUUGCUUUCUAUUCGGCCAAUGACAUGUACGUCCAUGUUGGGACGAGCACGGAACAAGGCCGGCUGGGCGAAAAUGCCGUGAUCCACUUGCGUAGCAAUUUCGGCUUCCAGGUCUACAGUUACAUCGUGGUUUCUAAAGGCUUAGUUGUUUAUGGUGCGACGGAAUCUCAUCCGCAUCCGACCAAAUUGUUGACUUUCUCCGUCCCCGUUUCAUCCGACAUGGCGCCCACUUUCAAAUUAGUGGCCAUGGUUGUGAGUCCAGUGGGCGAGUUGUUGGCAGACUCUGUGACUAUCCCCGUCCACAGUUUCAAUCGUUUCACGGUGAACUUGACAGCGGUGCAAGCGAGGGACCAUUCGAAAGAGACGGUCCAGUUGGUGACGCGGACGCGUCCAGGUGCGUUUGUUGGGGUGUCGCUCUUGCGUUCCAUCAACUACAUGUACCAGGCGGACAAUACGCUGACGCCCAGUCGUGUGCUUAAAGCUCUUUACAAACUGGAACCGUUCACAAAGUCUGUGCACGAAGUGACGUGGAUGGAUCGUGAAGGAUUGAAAGCUGAUCGAACGGAAUAUUUCAAAGGAGCUAAUGCAGGAGCGGACACGAAACGGACGAUGGACCAGGCCGGACUUUUGAUUUUCACUGAUGCCAUGGUCGGCCAAUAUCCCGAAACUGUUCACUGUGACAAGGCCAACGGUUACAAUUCGUGCAUGGCUGUUGGAUGUUUCCAUAAAGAUCAGCGAUGCGAUGGCAAAUCGGAUUGCGUCGAUGGAUCCGACGAGGACGACUGUCCUCCUGUGCAAGACGAUAAGAUGGUUUUCCGUAUCUAUCGUCGUAGUCGUUAUCACGAUUUCUACGAUUGGCUGGAUGGGGAUUGGGCCUGGUACGAUAUCCCAACAACGGAUGACGGUAUUGAAUUCCAUGACCGAGGCAUUGCUCUGACGGAUGAAACGUGGUACAUCAACGCGUUCAGUUUUCAUCCGGAAUUGGGUUUCUCCAUGCUGGACGAAGACGUUGUGUACGAUGGAUCGCCUCCGUUUUAUUUCUCGGUCGAAUCUCCCAGCGCCAUCCGGCGGGGAGAAACGCUAGGCAUCCGUUUGAUGGCCGUUAAUAAUCUGAAAGAAGAGGUGAUGGCCUUGAUUGUUUUGGAGGCAUCUGACGAGUAUAAAUUCGUCGAGACGGAUGAAGAUGGUGAAGUGGAACAUUAUCGUCCGCAACUAGUCGAUGGAGAGCGACAUCACAUGGUCGCCGUUAGGGCUCAGUCCAUGUGGGAAGUGUAUGUUCCUAUCGUCCCUCAGGUGGAACAAGGUGCCAUUGUCAUUAAAAUUCAAACCAUCAGUCAAAUACGAAAGCAGAGAUUUGACAUCGAACUUGAUAUUUUGCCAGAGGGAGCAACUGUAACUAGACAUACGUCGCUCCUCCUCGACUUAAAGAAUCGAGCUCACCUUUUGCGUUUCCUCGACAUCCCCGUCGAAGAGUCGCCCAUCAUUCCGUAUUCGAAAUUCCGUCGAUACGUCUUCGGCAGUCCGAGAGCCACUCUCACUUUGUGCGGUGAUGUGUUUGGCCCAGUGUUUCCGUCCAGGCCCAUCUCGACAGACUCGUUGUUGAGCCGAUCUCUACGUGGCACGAAAGCGAAUUUAUUCAAUUUGGCCACCACCAUGUGGAGUCUGCAUUACCUGAGGCUGACCAAUCAACUGCAAUCGAACGUCUUGUACAGCGGGUUGAACGCCAUGAACGUUCAAAUGGCCGAAUUGCUCCGUCUCUACAAUUACGAUGGAUCUUUCUCUGCACAAAAGACGUCCGAUCCCAGCAUCUGGGUGACGGCUUGGGUGAUCCGCGUGUUGGGUCAAUCUCAAUUUCAAGACUGGGAGAAUCAUUACUACGUCGAUCAGCGAUUGUUGGCCAGCUCGGUCCAGUGGAUUUUGAAGAAUCAAAGACGAGAUGGCACUUUUGAAGAGCCUGACGAUUAUCCAUUUCCACUUGAAUUACCGAGGACGUACGGCAAUUCGAGUAGCAAAAUUGCACUCACUGCCCACGUGCUGAUUGGUUUGAAGCAAUGCAGUGAGAGCCUCGAGGGCUCAUUGAAAGUGAAGACGGCCACAGCUAAAACUCGUUCAGUCAAUUAUUUAGAACGAGUCGUUUCUCAUUUGUCGGAUCCUUACGAUGUUGCCAUAGUAACGUACGCCUUGACGAUAACCAACAGUCCAGCCAAAGAAGCUGCUUUUAAUGAGAUGCAUCAUUUGAGGCGAGAGAGUGAGGGAAUGGUUUAUUGGUCGAGAGAUCCUGUUCCAUCCAAUCAAAUUGUCUAUGAAAAUCAACGGCCUUUCCUUCAGCCGCGUUUGCCCAUGCACCAAGACGCUGUGGCUGUUGAGGCCACAUCGUACGCCCUGCUCGUCUAUUUGGCACGUGAUGGCAUCGGUGAUUUGCAAGAGAGAGUCGUCAGUUGGCUCAACACGAUGCGCAUGGUGGACGGUGGAUUCGUUUCCAUCUACGAUAGCAUCGUGGCUAUGGAAGCUCUUACGGAAUACGCGUAUCGUGCUCGUUUACGUGACAUUACGGACAUGACGAUCGUUGUGGAAGCGUCCGCCUCUAAAAUGGGCAAAACUGUGCGGAUUAAUAGCGACACCCUCGCCAAAGUUCAUCGAAUGGAUAUUCCUAAUGUGUGGGGACACGUGAACGUCAUCGGUCGUGGUGCUGGUCAGGCCGUUUUGCAACUGAAAGUGCAGUACGGCAUCGAUUGGGAGGAGCUUAACGACACGCCCAAGCGUCGCUAUUUCGAUUUGCACGUGGACGAAACGUACAGCCACUUCCGUAACAAAUCUCACGUGACUAUCGAAGCUUGCGUCAGAUGGUUGGCGCUGGACAUUGGGCAGACGAGUGGUCCGGCCACGUUGGAAGUCGAAACGCCAUCUGGUUACGGGUUUGUCCAGUCUGACGCUAACGAGAUGGUCAUUCGCAACAACUACACGUUCAUUCGCGACGUCUUUAUAGGUCGCAGUAAAGUGAUGUGGAUGUUUGAUCGGGUUGGCUCGGAGCGUCUCUGCAUCCAGUUUACUGUCCAUCGCUGGUUUCCCGUCGCCAACAUGACUCUGUAUCGUGAGGCUGUCGUCUACGAGUCGCACAAACCCGAAAAUUUCGAAAUGUUUAUUUUUAAUUCUACGCCGCUGUACGUGCUGGACAUUUGCGAAGUGUGCGGCAGUUUUCAAUGCCCUUACUGUCCUUAUUACAGCGGUGCGCCAGUCACGGCCAAAUUGGCUGCGUUCAACGUUGUCGUUUCACUCGUCGUCUCCCUUUACUUUCACCGCCUUCGGUUACACUUGUGAUCAUUUUGCCAAGUUUCUUUCUCAUUUCAAACUGUGCACUUGUUUCUAACGCUUUUUACGUGAUUUGCAUUUUUUUUUUUUUUAAUUUUAGAUUUUGUC